UUGCGGCUUAUUUAUAUAUUCUAAUGGAGUACUGCCCUGGGCGAACGCUUAGAGAGGCGAUAGACUCGGGCAUGUUGCUAGAUAAGCCGCAGCAGCUGCAGCAGCAGCUGCAGCAGCUGCAGCAGGAGCAGGAGCAGCAGCAGCACCCACAGCAGCAGCACCCACAGCAGCACCCACAGCAGCAGCAGCAGCAGCAGCAACAGCAGCAGCAGCAGGAGCAGGAGGGUUUCUUAGGUGCUUCUGUAGACAGUCUGCUCGUAUUUGCGGCUUAUUUAUAUAUUCUAAUGGAGUACUGCCCUGGGCGAACGCUUAGAGAGGCGAUAGACUCGGGCAUGUUGCUAGAUAAGCCGCAGCAGCUGCAGCAGCAGCUGCAGCAGCUGCAGCAGGAGCAGGAGCAGCAGCAGCACCCACAGCAGCAGCACCCACAGCAGCACCCACAGCAGCAGCAGCAGCAGCAGCAACAGCAGCAGCAGCAGGAGCAGGAGGGUUUCUUAGGUGCUUCUGUAGACAGUCUGCUCGUAUGUAAGUGGGUUAUAACCAAACAAUUAGUGCAGGCUGUGGUGUACAUACACCAGAACGGAGUUAUACACAGAGACCUCAAACCCUCAAACGUCUUCUUAAAACCCGCAGAUGAAGAAGGCUCUCUUAUUGUCAAGGUCUGCUAA